CUUUGCUUGCCAUUAAGAGUUCAGAUAUCUUUCACUUUUUUACAUGUAUCUUUUAUCCGUUUCCAUAAAUUAUAAUUGUUUAAAUAAAAUAAUUGUUUAAAACUUGCCUUUAUAACCUAAUGACUGCCAGAGAGAGAAAAAAGAGAAAGAAAAAUGAAGCAUCAAGUAGAAGCCACACAUGCAAACUGUAUAAAAUGACCAGAGAUUUUGUUUCAGUCAGCGUGACUGUCAUAUUCCCAUAUGCUGCCAAUUGUUCAGACAGAAAAAGAGCUGACGGUGUCUGCUGAAAAAGGUUGGUCUAGUUAUUUCACCUAAUUUUACCACCCUUAUAACACAAUGCAUGCAUUGUGGGUUGUUUGAAUUCUAUAGGCCCCCAGAGACAAUCGGGUCGCUGAACUGCCACUAUUUAGGGGGCUUUACCUUUGUCAACAGUGCAAAAUACCUCAGGGGGCCAGUAUGUUCCUGCUCACCUCUUCAACAAUCAACUCAAAUGUUUCCUGGUCUGCUGUAGAGUUGGGCACAGUGGGGUGGGGGGGGGGGUGUUUCAGUUCAACAGUGAGUUUUCUGAUCUGAGAUGGACUCACAUGGAGAAGAGGACCUUGGGCGCACGGCGGAGGCCCUGUGUUUGGAGGUCAGGCCUCUGCAGAGGGACAGACUUGGAGCCAGACUAGCCCACAGGAAGACUUUCAGUCUGGACUACACAAAUGCCCACCAGGUAGUUCAUUACAGGGGGCAAAACUCCCCACGAGGAUACUCUGAUCUGCACUUUCCAGACUGUGAUCUCCAGGCAGGGCAUAUGCUGAGGUCCACAGCCAGCCAUCAGGCCUCCACAUCCCCAUGUCAUAGGACAAGCCCUCCUCCCUAUGGCAGGACUGUGAUGCUUUCGAGGAGGUCUGAUCUAGAUCCUGUUAGAUCGGAUAUUAUUAGAGGAUCACGCAUCUCUCGUGAGGAUCAGGGAGCGGGCAGCUCCUUAAACCGUAGAGCUCCUCUGAUGUCUCUCAGCAGCUCUGAGGAGGAACAGGAGGCAGGUGAACAGGCUGGCAGAGCUCCAGCAGGGCUCAGCGUGACUUCAUCCCUGCUUACACCCACUCCCACUGGGGAACGCAGGCUGGGUAAGAGAGAGAGGAAGCAACUGAAGAGCCUGAGGAGGAGACAGAGGAGGAGAGAGCUCUGCAAACAGAGCCAGCAGCAGGAGAACGUGCAGAGCUCUACAGGGAACCCAUCUAGCAGUAGUGAGGACGAGGAGCUGCCCAGCCGGGAUCGUGAAGGCUAUAUCUGUGCUGUGUGUCUGGAUGUCUACUUCAGUCCCUACAUGUGCCAUCCCUGCAGUCACGUCUUCUGUGAGCCUUGUCUGCGGACGCUGGCCAAGAACUGCCCCACCAACACACCCUGUCCAUUGUGCAGAACCACCAUAACACACGUCUUCUUCCAGAAAGAACUGAACCAAACAGCGCGUACAUUCUUCCCAAAGGAAUACCUGUCUCGGAAGCAGAAUUUCCAGAAAGCAGGCUGUGCAAAAUGGCCUCUUCCAAGCUGCCGUAAACUGUUUCGAAUUUUUGGAGGCUUUCGAAGGCAGGCAAAUCCAAUCGGCAGACGGCAGUUCCCUCACGGGGGCUACCGGCUUGAUGCCUUCAACUUUGAGGAUGAUUCGCAUGGCUGGCGAUUUGACAUGGACAUGGUGAUCAUCUAUAUAUACUCCGUCAACUGGGUCAUUGGCUUCAUUAUCUUCUGCUUCUUCUGCUAUUUCUUCUUCCUCUCUUUUUAAAGAGAAAGCACAGGGAAACUGUCUGCGGUGUUUCAGAUCUUUAGGAAAAUACCAAAGUCGGCAAGAAGAGAAUCUUCUUGCACUGCCGCUGUUUCUGGACUAUGUGUAGGAAACACCAACCAGUCACAGAGAGAAAUGAAUUCAUACAGCUAAAACUCAAGAGUGUGAUGGUCCAUUUACUGUAAAGAAGAAUCAUGAAUUUUGAGUUUGUGGUUUGCCUGAUAUCUGUUUGCUUUUAAACAGAAUUUUGGCUGACUGCGUGGAGAAGCUUUGCAUGGAUAAUCACAAGUGGACUAUUCAUUUCACUACAAGUUGUAUUCACAUGCUGUAUUUUCAAAAGGUCUUCUCUAGAGGUUUGUAAACUAUCCAUAACUAUGGGUCAGCUUCUAAACUAUUCAUAAAAUAUGUGGAGAAUAAUAACAAUUCAUUCGUUUUUAACCUUUCCUGCUUGCUUUUCCAGAAUUUGUAAAUUUGCCAUAAAGGUUCUUUGUCUAGUCUCAAUACCUAAUACUCAGUUUGUUGUCUUAGAUAGACUUUUGCAACACAAU